AUGGCUUCAUUCUUUAGCGAAAACAAUGUUUCAUACUACACGAUUCCCGCUGCGCUAGGUGUCGCCCUGUACCCGCGUUUCUACUCGGGCAUCGUUGGACCUGGAAAGAAGUACUUUGACAGGACCAACCCGAGAAAUUUUGUUGGUAGACUGGACAAAGUCGAAGGCUUGGACAAGCAGCUUCGAUUGAGACUGCAGAGAGCCGAAUCCUGCAGUGCCAACGCUUUCGAGACCUUGCCACUAUUCGCUGCUGCAGUCACGGCUGCCAAUGCUGCGGGGGUGUCCCCCGUGGCCCUGAAUUACCUGUCCUUGGGCUAUGUUGCCAGCAGGGUCGUCUACACAUGGGUAUACAUCUAUCUGCUGGAUAACCCGAAGCUUUUCGCCUGGCGAACCAAUGUUUGGACUGUAGGGACUGUGAUCCUGAUGACCUUGUUCAUCAAGGCAGGACUCAAGUCGCAGCCUUGA